AUGUCCGGCUCAUGCGGCAAUGUGAUCCGCAACGCCGAACUCAAGGUCGUCGACCCGGACACCGGCUGCUCCCUCCCCCGCAAUCAACUGGACGAAGAUGAUACGUUUCUUUUUCGGCAGGGGAUUUUAGGAGUUGUUGGGUCACUGAAGAUAGACGUGGAUGGUUGUCUCCACACCGGAUACAUCGGGUAUCUGGACGACGAUGACGAUGUUUUCAUUGUAGACAGGGUCAAGGAACUCAUCAAAUUCAAAGGCGUACCACCAGCUGAGCUGAAGGCUCUUCUAUCCCAUCUCCAAAUUUCUGAUGUUGUUGUUGUCUCGAAUAAAGAUGAAGCUGUUGGUGAAGUUCUUGUUGCCUUUGUAGUUCCAUCAAAUAGUUCUGAACUUACAGAAGAAGUUGUUAAGGAAUUCAUCUCCAAACAUAAAAUUUAA